AUGACCUCUUCCACAACCCCUGGGAAGACCGUGUUCCGAUUCGCGAACUAUCAGGUCAAACCGACACUUUAUUUAAACCCCCGUCGCGGGCAGCAAAAAAUCGCCAGCGACGUCGUUCGCUUCCCUGCUACCCUCUUUGCGUAUGGGACAUUACAGGUGCCCCACGUCCUUCGUUCAGUCUUGAAUGUCGAGAAGGCACUCUGUCCAGCUGCUGUCCACGGAUAUGCCGUCAAGAUGUGGGGACCAUACCCAGCUCUCGUAAAAACCCCGGGCCCAGAAGAGUCGACAGUGCAUGGGAUGCUCUUUCUCGUCAUGAACGAAGAGGAGCUCAAGAGACUAAUCCGAUACGAAACCGAGAACUAUCGUUUGGAACAAACAGAGAUCACAGCAUUCUACGGCGAGAACAAAUCCAUGACUUCGCCUGGAUAUAUUUUCGUCUGGAAUGGGUAUCCUGAGGCGUUACAAGAAGGCGUAUUUGAUCCUACUCAGUUCCAGCAAAGACAUGGAAGUGGGUGA